AUGGCGACUUGGGAGGAGUUCAUCGCCAAUCAACAAGCCGUUGAUGGCGUGCAGUUCUCGUGGAACACCUGGCCACACUCGAGGGUCGAUGCGCAGCGUCUCGUCAUCCCGUUGUCUUGCUUUUUCACGCCACUCAAGGAACGGCCGGCAGAUCAGCCCCAGCAGCCGCCGCUCGAAUAUGACCCGGUGCUGUGCUCGAAGGCACAGUGCAAAAGUAUUCUCAACUGUUAUUGCAUGGUCGACUACCGCGCCAAGACGUGGGUCUGCGCCCUAUGCGGCAAUCGAAACGCCUUCCCGGCCCACUACGCCGCCAUCUCCGAGCAGAACAUGCCGCCCGAGCUGUACCCACAAUUCUCCACCAUUGAAUACACGCUGAAGAAAGCGACGACCAUGCCGCCAAUCUUCCUCUUCGUCAUCGACACGUGCCUGACCAGCGAGGAGCUGAAAGCACUCAAGGAGAGCAUUCAAACGGCCAUGGCGCUGCUGCCCGCCGAGGCGAUUGUCGGGUUGAUCACCUACGGGCGCAUGGUGCAACUGCACGAGCUCAAGGUGUCCGGCAUCUGCAGGAGCUACGUGUUCAAGGGCACGAAAGAAGUCAACCCCAAGCAAAUCCGCGACAUCCUGGCGAUGCAAAUUGGCGGCCGCGGCCCGGGGGGACCGCAAGGAGGAGCCCCUGGCGCGAUGGGAGGUGCCCCCGGGAUGCCCGGCGGACCACGUCCUGGCGGCCCACCCGGCCCGGCCGGUGCCGGCCCGAUGCCGAUGGGACCCGGCGGAGCCCCCGGCGCCCCGAGCAUGUCCUUCAACAAAUUCUUGCAGCCGAUCUCUGAAUGCGACGAAUCGAUCAACGACCUCAUCGACGCUGUCGUCGUCGAUCGCUGGCCCGUGCCGCAAGGACACCGCCCGUUGAGGGCCACUGGAGCCGCGCUUUCCGUGGCUGUCACUUUGUUGGAGACCUGCUUCCCCAACACUGGCGCCCGGAUCAUGAACUUUAUCGGUGGUGCCUGCACGCACGGCCCUGGCAUGGUGGUCGGCGAGGAGUUGAAGAACCCAAUCCGCUCGUGGCACACGAUCAAGGAGGACAACGCCAACUUCAUGAAGAAGGCCAACAAGUUCUACGACUCGCUGGCGGCGCGCGUCGUCAAGAACGGACACGUCGUCGACAUCUACUCGUGCGCCCUCGACCAAACCGGGUUGGCCGAGAUGAAGAACCUGUACAACUCGACGGGCGGCCACGUUGUGAUGGGCGACUCGUUCAGCUCGUCGCUGUUCAAGCAGACCUACCAGCGCGUCUUCGACAAGGAUGGCUACGGCAACCUGAAGAUGGGCUUCAACGCCACCAUGGAGGUGAAAACUGGAAAUGGGCUAAAAAUCGAGGGGCUGCUGGGGUGCUGCUCGAGCGGCGCUGUCAAGAACGCCUACGUGUCGGACCAGGAGAUGGGCAUUGGUGGCACCUGUCAAUGGAAAUUCGGCGCCCUCUCCCCAAGGACGACCGUCGGCGUACUCUUCGAAAUCGCCGGGCAGCACGGCACUGCACUUGCCCAGGGCAGCCGCGGUGUCGUCCAGUUUGUCACGCAAUAUCAACAUGCUGAUGGAAAGAAGCGCAUCCGGGUGACGACGACCUGCCGCUCGUGGGCCGACAUGAACUCGCAACAGGCCAACAUUGCCUACGGCUUCGACCAGGAGGCAGCGGCCGUCGUCAUUGCCCGAUUGGCCUCGUGGAGGGCCAUCAACGAGAACGACACCCCCGAAGCGCUGCGCUGGCUCGACAGGACCCUCAUCCGACUGUGCCAAAAGUUUGGCGAGUACCACAAGGACGACCCGGCCUCGUUCCGCCUCACCGACAAGUUCUCCAUGUUCCCGCAGUUCAUGUUCCAUCUCAGGAGGUCCCAAUUCCUGCAAGUGUUCAACAACUCCCCCGACGAGACGGCCUACUACCGCCACAUUCUCUUCUCGGAGAACGUGCUCGAGUCGACGACCAUGAUCCAACCCGUGUUGUUCAGCUACUCCUUCAACGGUCCUCCAGAGCCGGUGCUGCUCGACUCGUCCUCCAUUCUGCCCGACCGCAUCCUGUUGAUGGACGACUACUUCCACGUGCUCAUCUACCACGGCCAGACAAUCGCCGCCUGGCGCAAAGCCAAAUACGACGAGGACCCGCAGUACGCGACGUUCAAGCAGCUGCUCGAGGCGCCGGUGGCCGACGCGACUGCCAUCCUGCAAGAGCGAUUCCCGAUGCCCCGCUACAUUGUCACCGAAUACGAGGGAUCCCAGGCCCGUUUCCUGCUCUCGAAGGUGAACCCCUCGACGACGCACAACAACCCGUACGCGACGGACGGUGGCGCGGCCGUGCUCACCGACGACGUCAGCUUACAGGUCUUCAUGGAGCACCUCAAGAAGCUGGCCAGCUCCUCGUCCACG